CGACUUCUGCUUCUGCCAGUGCCACAGUGGUCCCCCCGCUGAGCAGUGCAACUUCUGCUAGCACUACAGCGGUGCCCCCGCUGAGCGGUGUCUCAUCUUCUGUAUCCAGUACUGCUGUAACUCUUCCCCUCUCGAUCUUGUCGACGUUCUCGUCUGAUACGUCAUCCAACGCGGCAACCUCAUCGAGCUCGUCGAGUACUGUAACAACGCCUAUGUCAUCAUCAACUUCAACCCCGGUGACCACCGCAGCCGUGUCUACCUCUUCACACAAGCAUGUGGGUGCCAUCGUGGGCGGUGUGAUCGGUGGCGUGGCCUUCGUUCUACUCGUUGCCCUAGGCAUCUUGCUCUAUGUGCGCGUCAGUCGACAGACGCCCAGUCAAUGUCCUCGCCAGCGCAAGCUUCAAGCCGAAGCGCCUAUCGUCCUCAGCGUCGAGGAUGCAAGCAAUCACCCACAAACAUGCCGGAUUGUCGCCCGAUGCGUUCAGUAUGCCGAGCAGUGCGGGCCACGACACCAUCCUUGGCGCGAGCGCAUCGGAUGAGGGCGGCUUCUCCAUGAGUGAAGAGACUAAAGUGGAUCACUACCCGCGGAGCACAGAAGACAUCCCUGUGCCAUACACUUCAAGUGAUUCGUUCAGACGCGGCCGGAUGCCCUCGACGGGGCAGGAUUCCCGUGCCAUCGCGCUCGAAAAGCUGAGCACAGGCGGACACUCCGGCCUGCCGAGCCCGCCUGGUGCACAUUACGAUAGCGGGUUCGGAUCCUCCCCCACCGACACGCCCUACACGCCUAAUAUGAGCCCUAUCUCGCCGACCACCUCGCCCGCCACCGGACGCGCCGUGCGGAGGCAGACGACCCGCAAGCCCGUCCCGUCGUACAGCCCUUCGCUGAUCAUCAACCAGGCGGAGCCGAACUUGAGUCCCCAGGCGAGCGUGAUCGCCACGGACGACGAGUCGAGUGGGUCGGGUGCAAGCACCCCGAGAGGAGCAUCGCACUCCCGCGAGGAUCUGCGUCGUUCAUUCGGGCAUCUCCCGCAGUUGAGCCACAAGGCCAGCUUUGGCAUGGGCGACUCGCGUCCUGUGCACUACCUGGUGCCGGACCCGCCGCCGGCUGCUCACCCCCGUCGCUGAACGAGCGACGAAAAGAUAGAAACCGUGUAAGUAACCCUUACGGGCGCGCGGACCUAACCUCACUGCGCCCGUUCGCUGUUUGCUGGCAUUCCGAUUUGGUUUGCUUCGUAUCUAUGCCCUCAUCUAUAUGACUCCAAGGACCUCUUACGACUACGGGGUCGCUAAUCCUGCCGAUGACUUCCCCCCUGCCAUCCGCCUUCUGUGCUGACCUGCUUUCUCCCUGCUGUGCUAAUAGUCCCUUCGCCACGCCUUUGACACUUUUUCUUUACCUGAUGACUCAUGACGUGGUGUAGACCUGUCGUUACUACUGCUUGGUUUGCCUACAUGCUUCCCCCUU